AUGGCGGAGGCGUACUUUGUGCGGGAAUCCAGCUCGACGAUACUCGUCGUCUACGUCCCCGCAACAUUCGUCGAAGGUCGCGAGGUCAACAUUAGUGCUCGUUCCUGCUCUUGCGGGUACCCAGAGCAAAUGCACCUGCCUUGUCGCCACGUGAUCCGCGCCCUCAAGCAUGUCGGUGAGCUUCAUCGCAUCGAUGAGUGCAUUCACCCGAUGUACAAGUUCGCGAACUACAAGCUCGCGGUCGACCGUGUCUCGUAUCGCCUGCCGAUCUUCGCCGAACGAUGCGCGGACCCCGACGUCACGCUGCUACCUCCCCUCGUAACGAAGAGCAGCGGUAAACCUCGCACCAACCGCAUCGCGAGCUCCGGCGAGUCCGGUACCAAGAACAAGACGUACCAGCACCACGCUCCCUCGACGAAGAAAGCGUACAAGUGCAGUUCGUGCGGUGCAACGGACCACAACGCGAAGACCUGCGGCAAGAAAGGGCGGAAGCUUGUACCCGCUCGCUCGGCCGGAAGCUGUCUCUUCAAAGACAUUCCGGCUGCCUGUGACCGUAUUCUUAUUACGGAGCUGCUCAACCCGGACGACGACAGCGACAGCGACAGCGACGACGUCGAUGAUUCCUGCGAAGUCGACGAAUUCGGCUUUGCCGUGGGAGGCCGCGGGAUUGCUGACGUCGAGCAAUGA